UAAUGUUUUCGACCGGUCACACCCCCCUGGGUCACACCUAGAUUUAGACUUUGGUACAGCUGAUGUUUGUUUUCCUGUGGGUGUUGCAUUCAGAAAUGAUGUAAAUGUUUAAAAUGCACGGAUACUUGGAAAGAGAUGGUGAUUUCUACAAGACAAGCUUCUCAGUGUUUAUGGCCUUCUUCUACUUGAAAAUCUUAUACUUUUUAAUAAUGGCUUUGUACAUUGUCUCACGGUUCAAUCAAUUCAACAUUUAGUGUAUCCUCUGUUAUCCCUCAGUGCAGCCAUGGACCCCAAUUGUGGAGAUAUGAUUUUGUCUCAUACUUAUGACAAGAACAUUUAUUUUGUACCAGAAGAUGUUGUCAUGCAUUUUGAACCAUACCAUUUUCCUGCACUCAGAUUUUUAUUUGAUACCUUUAGCAAAAAACAGCAUGGGGCUAUUCUCAAUCUCAGUGAAGAUAUGAUUUUUGAGAUGCCAGUGGCUGCAUUGCUUUGUUCCAUUUCCAAAGAUCAUGAUAUACCUUCAUUAAUUAUUUGCCAUAAUGAUAACUGGUUUACAUGGCUCUAUUACUUGAAAUUAUACUCUAAAUUAAAAGUUUUUCAGUUAACACAACACAAUGCUCACAAUUUAUUUGCACAACAAGAAAAGAAAGUAAUUUUGGUGCUGGAGAGAGAUUUAAAAUAUUUACAAGACUACACUGAAAAUGAUUUCUUCCUCAUUUGUGUUGAGAACUUGGAUACAGUUAUCACAUCAAGAGUAAUGAAUAAACUUACUUGUUUUUACACUAUUGGCUUAACUUCCAUUAAUCCAUAUAAAAAUCGUGAUCAGAAAUUACUGUGGAAAAUGUUGAAAUGGGUAGAUCCUAGCAAAGCUGUACCAUUUGCAGAUUUCGCUAAGGAGGACUCUGAAAUGUUAUCUCAAUUGGUUGAACCAUAUACAGAUACAUGGAUGAGAUUGACAUGGAUUUUUGGUUUCACCAAACCAUCAGAUGAGGAGUUGGUGAAGAGAAAAAAUGCAAUUCGCAAAUGGUGCGAAGAAAACAAUAUAAUUUCGCAGGAAACUGAAGCAGAAAAGAAGGCGAAGAAACGUAAAUCAGUUAAGAAUACCGAAGAAAUCGCAUCGACUAGCAAAAAACGUAAUGCUUUCUCGCAGAACGAAAGUAACUUAAAAUUAGUUGAUUUCAUCGAUGAAACGAUUAUUGACGAGUUUUCGAACAAUUGGACUUUGGAUGAAAUCAAGAAAAUAUCGAAACCAGCCCUGGGAUUAAAGAGACACGCAUCUGAUAUUGCGCACUAUCACGAUAAGUUACACAAAUGUAUCAAGGAGGAUUUUGAGGAGGAUUUCGCGAAAUUGCAGCAAUCGUCCAAAAGGAAAUUUGAGGAAGAAUUUGGAAGUCAGGAGGAAUUUGAUGAGAAACGUCAUUUGAAAGUUAUACUUGGUGAUAUAAAACAAUUCUUUGGAGAGGGUUCGCCCCCAAAAGAGGUUGAACAUCGCGAUGUUGAAGAAACAGAAAAUCUUUUAGAUGUAAAAGACUUUUUCGAGACUGCGCCCGAGGAUAACGCGAAACAAGAUGAAGAUAUUUUUGAUUCAUCUGAUGAGGUUAUCGCAUUCAAAGAAGCCGAACCUGAGGUCAAACGCUCUGAGAACAAAGAUGCGAAUAACAAGGUGGUUUUGAAAGGUAUCCCUGAACUGUUCGAAUGCAUAGAGUUAUCUCCAUUAGAUUUCGAUUCGUCGCUCGAGAUUAAAGAGGACAAUGAUAAAUGUUUGAACAAAGUCAAGGAGUCAAGAACAGAUUUGAAUGAAACGAAAGAAAAACAAAUGAGCAAUAAGAAGAGUAAACCUUUCGAACAAUUACAAAAUUUAUUCCCGUUUUCCCCACUUCUAUCCGACGAUUUCUCCGAUGAAGACGAGGUAAUCUUGGAAGAGAUUAACGAUGAAGUGAAACCAGAAAUAAUAACAAAAGUAACACCAAAGAAGAUUAUUACGAAAGAGAGUAUACUGGUUUCGAUAUUUGGUGAACAUGAUGAAGUUGUCACUAGCUUCAGAAAAAAUCUGAUGCAAAGGGAGUCGGAAAUUCCGAUAGAAGUUAUCGACGAUUUAACGAAACCUUGGAUGGACUAAUAAGGAUUCUGACGGAUUUAUGUUUAUUAGAUGAAGAUAAAUGUUUGUUACAUUGUCGAAUUGACAUUCAUUCUUCAUUUGUUAUAGUCGUCGUAGAAGAAUUUUUAUUUUUGUUAUUAAUUUUACAUAUUUUAUUGAUUGAAACAUGUUUCGUGCUCAUCUCUGUGGAAAAAAGCUGUGACUAUUUUAUGAUUUCUUAU